UGAUCGAAUUUUCUCCAAGUGAAAUAGUGAAUGGAAAUAAUUUACACAUUAUUUUCAUCACGUUUAUCACGUUCUAUUAUUUUUCUUGUAAAAAGGAGGAAAAUUUAUUGUGAUACUGUUUUUUUUUUUGAAUAAUAAACAAUAUAAUCAUGAUACGUGGAGCAGUGAGAGCUGCUAGAAGUGCAGUAAACGUGAGGAAUUUCGCAAAUGCACCUGCUCAAGAAGCAGUAGUAUCAGCAACAUUUAAAGUUCAGGAUAAUAAAGAUUUUGAUGAACGAGUAAAAAAUUCUAAAGUUCCAGUUAUUGUGGAUUUUUUUGCAACAUGGUGCAAUCCUUGUCGAAUGUUAACCCCACGUAUUGAAUCAGUGAUCGCAGAAAAACAGGGGAAAAUUCUACUAGCAAAAGUUGACAUUGACGAACAUUCAGAUCUUGCUCUUGAUUAUGAGGUCGGUUCGGUACCGGUAUUAAUUGCCAUGAAGGACGGCAAAGUUUUGGAGCGAAUUGUUGGACUACAAGACACAGACAAAUUACGUCAAUUUGUCGACAAAUAUGCAAAAUAAUAGUAGAUCUUAAUUGUAUAAAGGUGUGAUUGGAUUAUUUUAGAGUAAAUAGAUUUACUAUACAUCACAAUUGAAGUCUCAGAAUUUUAUAAUUGAGAGGACGUAAAACACAAUUUGUGAAUUAUGUAUUUGUAAGAUAGCGAAAGCUAUUUUAAAAGUCAGGGAUUAAUAAUGUACAACGGUGUAAAGUAAAAUAUUCGAAAUAAAAUUUUAGACUUUACAAA